CAGAACCCGAAACAGCACGGACCAACUCGAGCUUGAACGUUUGACGUAACUAAGAGAGUUGAGCCUCAGCACGGGUGCCAACAUCAUUCGUCUGGCGGCGUCCAGCGUGACACAUAAGAAAUGGACUUUACGGAGAUUUACAAACAAACCUCGGGCCUUGUCGCGUCGAGUCCUCAAGAUGCACGGUACAUACUCAUCGCCAUCGAAAACAGGCUCAUCGUUCGCCGUUCUGAUACGUUUCAAAUAACGCAUGCGUGGACCGUAGAAGACAAAGUGGACAGUGGACCCUCUUCUCAAAAAGGAACAACAGUCGGUGUCGCGUCCACCAUGAGCGCCAGCGGGGAUACAACAAUCACUGGAAUCGGAUGGUCGUCCGAUUCGCGGUACAUCCUUGCGUGUUCAGCUGGUCGAGGUGCCGUUAAUGUGUUUUCGUUGCUCGAUGAGGCAUGGACGGCUCGUAUUCAGGGUGGGGUUGAAGGGAUCGUCAAAGCGGAGUGGGCGCCUGAAGGGAGGAACAUUGUGUGCUUUUCGGAUUGGACCCUGAGAGUAACGAUAUGGUCCCUCUCAACAGGCAAAGCAACGUAUAUUCAAUAUCCCAAGUACGGUGGCAAAUGUUUUGCCUUCGUUCCCGGAUCGAAUCUUUUCAUUCUGGCGGAACGUCACAAAUCAAAGGAUUCAAUUGGGAUAUAUGACACUAGUUCAGGAUAUCAGCUUUUGCGGCACUUCCCAGUCCUUACCCAGUCCUUAUCCUCCCUCUGUGUUUCAACUAACGAGUACAUCGCCAUCUCUGAAAAUACUCUCGAAUUCAAGGUUUAUAUCUAUAAUUUUGCUGGGAUUUUGCUGGGUACGUUUUUACCCGAAGAGGAAGCUGGGAUGGGCGUUCGCCAUAUGUCGUGGCACCCUUCGGGGACUGUGUUGGCAGUGAGUGGUUGGAGUGAUAAGAUUUAUCUCUUGAACCAUUUUAAUUGGGCACCUAUAAGCAUUAUCGAGUUCCGCGCUCGGAUCCCAGCUGAAACAAUUGUAUGGAAAGAGCCAGUUGGUUGGUUUGAGGCUACGCAUGGCCGGGGAUUCCUACCCUAUGACAGGGUGAAGCGGACAAUGAUCGCGCGGGAUACGACAGGAAGUGCGAGUACGGGAGGAUGUUUACAAAUGGAGUGGAACAUAAAAGGAACAGGCUUGUUGGUGAUCUGGGAGAACAGCCCGACAGCAGUGCAUGUCUACCAGAAUGGGGAAAAGAUCCGUCCGCAGCUUGGAACAGUGCUGUUACACUCGAAUGCGGUGAUUUGUGCUGCAUGGAAUCCGGUAAAGGAGUGGAAAUUGGGGAUAAGCUGUGGGGGAUGUUCGAUCUAUACAUGGUGGAAAGCCGAUGGUGAUGGUGAGAUAGGGGAGUGCAUUGGGGUUCCAGCCAAGAAAUUCUCGGUGAAAGAACUGCGAUGGACAACGCACGGUAAUGGUUUCCUGCUCGUUGACAAGCAUGCCUUUGCCUGCGCGUUUGAAGUAGAAGAUGACUGA